GUUGAUGACAAGAGUACCGAUCCUUGAUCAAACUUGAUCAAAUAGCCGGAGGAUGAAAUGACAAGCAACAAUAGCCAACAAUCAAGGAACAACUGCAAUCAAGCACGGGCUCAAAAAGUCUUCUUUGACCGCGAGGGAAAAGCGAUCAUGGCGAAUCGCUUCCCACUUGCACUCCUGUUUCUUUUCUCUUAUCGCGCAAGCUACGUGGUUGGGUUCACCGUUUACGGAGCCCGAGUCAACACAAAAAAUGGGAGCGUGGAGCUGUUGACAACAAAUUCAGAUGAGGGCACUUUGGUAGAGUGCAUCACCGACUUUCUUCUACUGGCCAAGGACUCUGCUUCAGGUAGCAAUUUUUCGGGUGCUUUUACUCUCGAAGCCCAGUGCUCGGGAGAUUGCCACUUGCUUUUUAAAUCAUGCGCCAGUGUGGAUUCCAAACUCCCUUGGUCAGACCGAGUCUGGUUUGGCCAUGCUCAACGCGGACAUUUUCCUCAAAGGGUUCACUCACGAGACCUACUUUGUGAACACCUUGCACGAACUGCGUGUUUACGAAAAAGAUCCUGCAGCACAAAUCCGCACUUAUCUCAGAGUGUGGAUUGAACCAAGUGCUGUGGACGUCUCACAGCAAGAAGAGGAAGACUGGGCAGUCAUGAACCUCCACAAGGUGUCAUGGGUUGUCAAAAUCCAUCCAGAAGAAGCUUCCAGGAGACUCCAAGGAUGGGCACGUCGCUAUGCCGCAGAUACAGUGCCUAGUCUUAUCAAAGGCAAUGCUUCGCAUCCCUACUCCCAACUGCAUCGAGCAGCUCUUGGGCAAGCCUUAGCCUUCUUCAUUCACGACCAGGGAGGCAGGCUCCAGUAUGAUACCAUGCGAAAUGAGCAAAAACGCCGUGCAGAUUCCCUGCGUGCUCAUUUGGAUCAAGUAGCCAGGCCCAUCCUUUUUGAAGGCCUGGAGAAAGCCAUUCACGUGGUAGAGGCCCAGGGGAUCCAAAUGAUUCUGGCACCAACUGAAAAGGCCUACCGCAAGGUUGAAGAUGACAUCGUGGAGAUGCCCUUGGUGGACAUGCUUGCGAUUUAUGGAGCGGAUGAUAGUGCCGUGACAAAAACCAUCAGAUCAACUAUCAGUGGCGGCGUCAGCUUUCCAAGCAUGCCGCCGAUCCGCUUGCAAUCUUCACCAGCACCUCCAACACCUCCACCAGAAGCGGGCUUUUGCCCUUGGUGCGGAGGAACAGGCCAAACACUGCGCACUUGUCCUUGGAGUGGACAAUUAGUGACAGAAAAUUGCCCCACUUGUGGCGGAUCAGGCCUUGGAACUUGACUCGGCCCAUCACACCGCGCCCUUUGAAGUUCUCCUUUGUGGCCUGCCGACGAGUUUUUGAGUGCGGAAAGAGCCGCUAUGGUUUGCGAUAUUUUACGAUAUUGACCUAGCUGCCAUGUUUUUGCUCGGAUCUGGAGCCAA